GGUAGGGGGCGCUGCAGGGGAGCGGGCUGUUGGGGGCGCUGCAGAGGGCGCGGGGCACCCCCGGAGGGCACGGCCGGAAGCCGGGGUGGGGCCCCCGCGCGGGAUGCGGUGAAGGACAGACGGCGCGGCGGCGGCUAUGAGUGCCUCUGCGGCCACCGGGGUGUUCGUGCUGUCCCUGUCCGCCAUCCCGGUCACCUACGUCUUCAACCUGCUGGCGGCCCAGCACGACACUUGGCACCGUUACUCAGUCUCCGAGCUACUGCUUUUUCUACUUGCUUCUUUCGCUCUAGUGUAUGCGGUUUUUGGAUUUACCAGCGUGGUGAACCUCAUCAUAGGACUGGAACAGGACGGAAUCAUUGACGGGUUCAUGACACACUACCUGAGAGAGGGCGAACCGUAUCUGAACACUGCCCACGGGCACAUGAUCUGCUACUGGGAUGGCUCUGCUCAUUACCUGAUGUACCUGGUGAUGGUGGCAGCCAUUGCAUGGGAGGAAAGUUACAGAACCAUUGGCCUGUAUUGGUUUGGCUCUAUUAUUAUGAGCAUUGUUGUUUUUGUGCCAGGAAACAUUGUAGGGAAGUACGGAACGCGCAUUUGUCCUGCCUUUUUCCUAAGCGUACCUUACACUUGUCUUCCGGUCUGGGCUGGUUUCAGAAUCUAUAAUCAGUCUUCAGAAAGUUACAAUUAUCCCUCAAAGGUCGUUCAAGAAGUCCAGGCGAAGGACCUGCUGAGAAGGCCCUGUGAUUUAACACUGGUCCUGUGUCUUCUCCUGGCAACUGGAUUUUGCCUGUUUAGAGGCUUGAUUGCUCUGGAUUGCCCAGCUGAGCUCUGCCGAUUUUAUACACAAUUUCAAGAGCCCUACUUAAAGGAUCCUGCUGCUUAUCCUAAAAUCCAGAUGCUGGCGUAUCUGUUCUAUUCUGUCCCUUACUAUGUGGUUGCACUUUAUGGCUUGGCGGUUCCUGGGUGCUCCUGGAUGCCUGACCUAACACUGAUGCAUGCUGGAGGUGUAGCUCAGGCUCAGUUUUCUCACAUCGGUGCUUCUCUUCAUGCUAGAACUGCUUAUGUCUACAGAGUCCCUGAAGAAGCCAAAGUCCUUUUUUUAGCAUUAAACAUAGCAUAUGGAGUUCUUCCUCAGCUCCUGGCCUAUCGCUGUAUCUACAAACCAGAGUUCUUCAUAAAAACAAAGGCAGAUGAAAAAGUUGAAUAAAAACAUGAUUCCAUGUUCCUCCUCUCUAGAUGACCGAUUCCUGUUCACCUGGUCCUGGCGUCUUGUCCCAUCUCACUCCUUCCCGUACAGCGACACUUAAAGACACAUGAACCUCUCCUCUUCGCUGUGUGGGAGCUCUCAUAAGGCAUUAUGUGGGUGAACUUUCUGAUUUUUGAAGGGAACCUGCAGCCUUUGAGAAACACUGUUAAUAAAAGAAGUAUAUUCAAAAUUGUGAAAAAACCUGACCAUCUAUCUCAAUAUUAUGUUUGCAUAUAUUAGAUAUCAGUAUGAAAAAUUACAAUUUAGCUCCUAUAAUAGUGAGCAUGAGAACGAAACUAUUCAAAAGUGAAUAAGGUUUAUGUACAUUAAAAUAUUCAAAAGAGCAAAUACAGAUUGGAGAAAUAUAUUUUGCACAUAAGCCGUAAAUGCUUCAUUAUCAACCCCAAUAAAAAAGGCAAAUCAUCAGAAUAUUUAAAAAUGUUUGAAAAUGUCUUUCCAAGGGAAGUAUAUUUACUGCUGUUUUAAUUAGAAUUUCUUGUCUUAGAAGUGUUUUGUGAGCCUGGAGUUAAGCAGGGACUGGUAGCUUUAACACUACCGCAAAUGAAUACUUGUUUUAUUGGUGGCUGGAAGUAUUUCUAUUGUA